AUGAUAAAGAUUCGGGAAGGCUUGUGGCUGGGUAACAUACGGGAUAUACAGAGUUUGAAUCAGACCAGGAUUACACAACAUGGUAUUACACAUAUUUUGUCAAUGGUGGAAGUUGGAGGCUUUGACAGCACCCAGUUCGGAAUAGUGAGAAAGGAAGUGGCGAUUGAUGAUGUUGAGAGUGAAAACCUCCUUAUCCAUCUUGAAGAUUGUUUGGAAUUCAUUGACAAUGCGAUUGUGGUAUGCAAGGGGGUGGUGCUUGUCCACUGCCGCAUGGGUUUGUCAAGGAGUGUUUCAGUGAUUGUGGCGCACUUGAUGAGGAGUGAAGGGCUAAGUUUUGCAAAGGGUCUCGCGGAGGUGGAAAAGGUUAGUCCUACUGCCGUUAACCAUGGGUUCCGGAAACAGCUUAAGAUCUUUGGAACAAUGGGGACUAUGAAGAAGUUGCGUGUCUGCCCCGACUGUCACUCGGCUACCAAGAUCAUCUCCAAGUUUUCCGGCAGGAACAUCAUCGUCAGCGUCCACGAGCUCCAGAAUGGACCUUACUCAUGUGAAGAUUGGAUCAAGGAUCAUUAG